GGUGGGUACCAGUGGGUAGACACUUCUCAUUCAAAAACUAGUCUCUAUAUGUAGCAAUUGAUAUACAACCUUAUCCCUUAAGCAAUAAAGUGCAUUUUGGAUUGAUUUCACUACAGCAGGGGAACCCGCGGAUCAAUACCACCAUACUAAAAAUAAUUGUUAGUGUCCUUAUGUUGGUAGUAUUGUUAGUUUGACAAAUGAAAAAAAAUGUCUGUCAAUUGAGUUUGAGUUUUUAACCGGCGAAUUGAUUCGUGUGAAGUUAUUUUCUCAGAUUUGGUGCAAUAUUACUGUAAAUAAACUUUUCUGUCGUUUACGUUGAGUUGAUUAAGUUCCUCCGUAUCGGGCGUGAUAAAGUUUGCUGUUCAGUGUUAUGUUUUUUGUGAGAUAGAGACUCUUUUAAAUAAGCUGUGUUUCAACUUCUACAGAAGUUUAAACUCUUAUUUACUUUUCUGUUUAAUGGGUAUGUUAUCUACUUACUUGAAAUAUUAGAUCUAUUACAAAUCUAUUAUUCAUUAAAAACAACCCUAUGUGAUGAAAAUGUAAAUGUACUUUCAAAACUGGUAAAUGCAUGAACCAGGGCAUUGACACUGGUUGGAGAGAAAUUAUAGGCUUUGUUUAAUUAAUACCUAUUUCAUUUUAGGCUUCUACUGAUAAUGGAGAGUAGAAACAACAAGAAGUGCGUUAUUUGUAAUAAGAGGCGAAGUCGUGAUGGAUCACCCUUACUUUUGAGUAGGUUUCCUCUGGAUUCUGACCGUUGUCGAAUGUGGGUUAAAAAUGCUGGCAUAGAAGACUUAGCAUAUGUACCUAUUGAAAAGUUACACCAACUGAAGUUUGUUUGUGGUGGGCACUUCACUCCUGAAUCCUUCAAUGCCAAAGGAACUCGGCUGAAGAACUCAGCUAUUCCAACACUGGAAUUGAGCAAUCCCAUCUUGCCAGAUGAAGUUUUGACAGAGUUUCCUCUUCAUGUAAAAGACUCCAAUAAAGAAAACCUCAAGACAGUUCUUUAUGAUCAUUCAUAUUGCAUUCCAAAGAAGUCAAAUCCAGUUGAACGAGUUCCCCUUACAACUACAACCAAACAACUAAAUUCAACAUGUUUGGGAGCUGUGGAUAUACCAGAUUCUGGUAUUUCUGCGAAAACAACUUUUGAACCUCUUCCUUCUACUUCCAAUGCACCAGAACAUAUGACCUAUAAACCCAUUACUCAUGAUGAUAAAAACAUUUGCCAUCAAGAUGCACAGGCAGAAAUAUUAGUCCACAGUUAUAAAAGACCUAAGAAAAACAUUGAAAUGAAAGACACUUCAUCAACAUUUACAAUUAAAGAGAAGAGGCUUUGGCGACAGUUACAAAAUGCAAAAAAAACAAUAAGAAAUAUAGCGAAGUCAAGAGUGAAUUUAGACAAGUUAGAUUCGGAAGUGCUGACAUCGUUAGUAAAGGAUGUAGUGCAGAAUAACAAAAAAAAGUCACAAGGAAAAAGGUGGACUUUAGCCAACAAAAUAUAAUUAUGCUUUGGCUAUAUUUAAA